AUGAAGAAAAAAUAAAGGCAUAUUAAAAACAGACCUUGUUACAGAAUCUGAGUAAUGAAGAAAUAAUGACCACACAUAAUCAAGAUUUUUAAGCUAACGCAUCACCUUAACGAAUUAGCUAAUAAAUAUUGCAGUCGAAAAAGAUCGAAGUAAAAAAAGCAGGUUAAACAAUCUAAGCCUUAAUAUAAUGCACAGGACUCCGAUAUUGAUAACUCUUUAGCAUCGGAAGAACACUAGGAUGACACCCUAAAUGGUAUCCAUUUAUUUUGUGAAUAGCGUGGAUCUGGUCUUUAUAAAAAAAAGCCUCAUAUUAUAAACACAUACGUUAAAAGCACUUAAGAAAAGCUCGAAUCAAAAACAAGUAUAAAAAAGUUUGAAUUAAAGCAAAAUGAUGAUGUGAAUUGAAUUAACAAUUGAACAUUACAUU